GAUGGAAGUGGACAAGAAAUUAACUCACUUGACGUUGUUUCGUAACCCGCGAGAAGCAACACCUUCAUCUGCAGGAUAUCAGCUUGCAAGUCAUGGCUAUGACACAAAGUCUCCACGGACCUGAGCCAAUACUUCAUCCUCGGACAUAUGAAGCUCAGCUUCCUGACCUUCAGCUUUGACUACGAUCGUUACGUCAAUCAAGGAAUCACGAUGAAUCUCUUGGAGAGCGUACUCAGCAGUCCGAUGAUAGAUUUUUCUUCUUCCGACUCUUUCAUACUCACAUCCUUCUCCCGGCGACUGCGAAUUAACAAGUCAUUGGAUAUUUCACCCAUAGUCACGUUAAGUUUCUUCGCCAGCUUCGUCCGCGGAGUAGGUAUCUUGGCAAUGAUAGGAAAUACCGACGCAAGCAGGAACAAAAGUCGGUUCACUGCUGAGGCCCGUGAGCUGUUUCCGAACGUAUCGAAGACUUCUGUAACGCUGGCGUGCUUUCCGUCGAGUGAGCCAAAAUCAUGGGAGAAACCCGCGAUGCCAAUCGUAUCCAAACUGCUGUUGCGUGAUUUUCGGAGCUUGCACAGCAAAUAUCCAUUCCUUACGAGAUAUGAUUCAUCCUUGAAGUCACUUUGAUGAGGAGUGCAAGGUUUGUAUGUCCAAAGCUACGCACCAGUUUUGAACUUCAAUGACAGCAUUUCCAUCUUUGCUCGAUUCUACAUCGGUGUCCCAUACGUUCUUGACCUUAGA